CCUUAAGUACUAAACAUUUAAAAAAAUUUGCAUAAACGAACAAGUUAGAGAAUCUUUCAUUUCCACGUACCGAUCGGACUGAUAGCGCCGUUUAGAACCGUCAUAGUUGCUUUCUUCCUCAUUUUCCGAUUCCGCAAUGCAAAGGGUGUCCCCAACCUCCAAAAUCUGGAGGACCGUAGCCUCCAAAGCUAGAAUAAACGUGUUUUCCAUCAACGACCCUUUUGCUUCGCGCUCCUUCUCUGCGGUUCCCGUCGUGGCAGCAACCACCAGAAAAUUGCAUCAACCGGAGAUUCCGAGCAGUUUCCAGAAAUGGGGUUCGGUUGGAUUCUUCAGAACGUCGAAAUUCGCCUCUGGGUUCAACCCUCUGCAACGGAAGCCUUUGGAUUUGGGCCGGAUAUGGUCCACGUAUCACAUAGGAAGAGGUCAUAUUGGAGCAACAAUGAAAGCUAAACUUUAUCACUUGCUGGAGCAUAGAGCUUCAGAAUGCCGAUAUUUUGUCAUUCCUUUAUGGAGGGGAAGUGGAUACACGACAAUGUUUGUUCAAGUCCAGACACCACACAUGGUUUUUACAGGUCUUGAAGAUUACAAGGCCAGGGGAACACAAGCAGCUCCUUACUUUACUGUGUCCUUUUACACAGAAUUUGCAGAGAGCAAGGACUUGGUACUGAUCCGUGGGGAUGUCGUAUUUACCAGCAAGCUUACUGACUCAGAGGCAAAAUGGCUUUUGGAAGCUGCUCAGUCUUUUUAUUUGAAUGAUGCUAGGUACAAACUGGUUGAGAGGUUCAACAGACAAACACAUGAUUUUGAGUUCAAAGAUGUCUUGCAAGUAUUGGACAUGCCUAUUUUGUAACCUUUUUUUUUAUUGGACAACUGCUAAACUAAACAUCAGUAAGGCAAGAGUGGAAGGGUUGGUUUGAUCAAAGGAUGAAGUUGCAAAUGAAGGAAAGGAAGAAGAGUAACAGGGAGUGUCACCGGGUGUCAGGAAAGGAUUCAUCAUUUGCAAUCAUAUUCUUUUCGUAUAAGGAAGGGGGGCUUGGACUGAGCUUCCUAUUAUAUUGUAGUCUUGGAUCCAGUCUUUGUUUUUUCUUUCAUGCUGAUUCAAUUAAUAGAUAUUUGACUGAAUUUUUAUUUCAAAA